ACCUGUCAGUCUAAAGCAGCUAGCAAGCAAGCGGCUUUGAGUUGAUACUGUAGUUUUAGAAAGAAAGCAGCUGCCUACUCGAUUUGAACACGACGCGAUUCAGUACCUUAAGAUUAGUAAAUGUUGUCCUAGUGGUUGUUUUUAAUACGGUAGCUUCGUGAAUCGGGAAUUUUCACUUCAAAACAAGGGUCGCAGCUAAAGGAAAACACGUUGUCUGGCUGCUCCUCUUUGUCACACAGCUCGGUCAAGCCACGCUAACUUUUGACACUAGCACAAGUCUGCUAGGAAACUCUUGACCUCGUACUCAGGAUGCCAUGUCACAAUCAGCAGCUGAACAAUGUCAACAGUGGCCAGGAGCACCCCAUGAAGCAGGUUCGGUUUGCAAACAGCAGUAGUAGCAAGCAGCAGCAGCAGCAGCGUCCCGCAGUGCUGUCCAGCUCUGAGCCAAGUGAUGCCACCACACAGCCUGUAAACCAAGAAACACUGGGACCUCAACUUAAGCUGCUUCCUCUGAAUGACCAGAUCCGUGAAUUACAGACUAUAAUCAGAGACAAGACCACCAGCAGAGGAGAUUUUGUGUUUUGUGCUGACCGACUGAUCAGACUAGUAGUUGAAGAAGGUUUGAAUCAGCUCCCCUACUCAGAGUGCACUGUGACCACGCCAACAGGGUACAAGUAUGAAGGUGUCAAAUUUGAAAGAGGCAACUGUGGAGUCAGCAUUAUGAGGAGUGGUGAGGCCAUGGAGCAAGGUCUCCGUGACUGCUGCCGCUCCAUUCGCAUCGGCAAGAUCCUCAUUCAGAGUGAUGAGGAGACACAGAAAGCUAAGGUGUACUACGCCAAGUUCCCCCCAGAUGUUUAUAGGAGGAAAGUGCUGCUCAUGUACCCCAUCCUCAGUACAGGGAACACUGUGAUUGAGGCAGUGAGGGUGCUGAUAGAGCACGGAGUCCAGCCCAGACAUAUUAUCCUCCUUAGCCUCUUCUCCACACCUCAUGGGGCCAAAUCUAUAAUCCAGGAGUUCCCAGAUAUCACCAUCUUGACCACAGAAGUUCAUCCAGUGGCUCCAACACAUUUUGGACAGAGGUAUUUUGGCACUGACUGAACUGAACAACCUGAGGAACAUGAUCUGCAAAUUGUUUGGAGUAUAUUUUGUCCGGUUUAUUUAAAUGUAUCUCAUGUUCUCCUUGUUGUGCCAAAUACUACUAAAUCAUCUUCUAAACUGACCCAAAAUGAGUAAUCUUGACUGUAUUUAUUUUAUUUCCCCCUUUUUUUGCUGUGUAUACUCAUGCUAUAGUAACAUAAAAAUGCUGAGCCAUGUCAAGAGUUCAAGUUGGAUCAUUUUAUUUUGCAUGUCAUGACUGAUGGAUCAAUAAAGAUUUAUAUUUGUUAAAAGACAGAACAGCAAAUGAAAUGGUAUCAGUAUAUUUGGUGAUUCAGAGGUACUGAAAAAGGGAAGCGCCACAAUCACAUACUCCAAAGACAUUUUAAAAAGGGACCACAUUUGCUCUGGUGAUACUAAACGUGUCGUGUUAAAUACUGGGUAUCAUUUGUCAUCUUCUUGUGUUACAAACGUCCAAGUAUUUGAUAAAUGCAUGUUACUUCAAUAAUUAUUUUAAGUGUCACUGGAUAGAGCAAAAUAUACAGACACUGCCUGCAGCAGUUUGAAUCAGUAAACUCAAUACACAGGAAAAAAGCGGAGAUUUUUAACAAUAAAUAGACACCAGACAACAUGAAACACUCAACAUCCACAUCUUUCCUAAUGCUUUCAAACACUGAAUCAUACUUCACAUAAAAACAACAUACACGUUUAAUUAAUAGAUGACAAAGUAUUUCUCAGACAUGAGCAGCAUUUGAUUUGGCUUAGCCAACAUAGUAGAAAAUGAGAUGAGAAAAUGUCAAGAUCAAACACCAUAAAGUUUUAAAUUCGCUCUCACACUCAACAGAUGGGUUAAAGAAAAUGGUUUCCUAACAAAGUAUACGGGCAGACACCUAAUGAGUAAAUAGACAAAUAAACCAUAAACAGUCCCAAUGAGGAGAAUCUGUUUCAUUGGUAUUAAACAUUUUAAAAUACAUAAGCACAGGUAGAAAAACAAAUAGAUCAUAUUGCAGAAACCACUGACCUCUACCAACCAGUGGAUGAGGAUCAGUCAUUAUACACGUGUGCAGUUAACUGCAUGUUCUAAAAGAUCAGAAAUGAAACACAAAGAGGAACAUCUGUCCUGACCUUUGUAUUAUUUUGUGCCUAUGAUGAAAGCUUAUUUCACUUCACUCCUCCACCUCCCUGCAUCCACACAUAAGUGUUAUUAUACCAGGGAUGGCUGAUAUGGUUAGAAACAAGAUUGUGAUAAUUAUUUAGUGAAAAAAAUGUCAAUCACAUUAUGUCUCAUAAGCACAUCCCAGACUUAUCAAACUGAUCACUGCAUUAUUUAUUUUUUUUAAACAGCAUUCAUGACAUAAUAUAUAAUAUAUUUAAGAUAUGGUUGCAAAAAAAACUAAAACAUACAUUAUGGUUGCUCUGCUAUACAUAAUCUGUGUGAGAUUUCAGCAUGAUUUCCCAAAAAUUAUAAACUAACAGUGAGCUAAAGCUACUUUUGUUUUUAUAACUGUCAGCAGUCUGAGCAGACGUGCUUAGUAAUGCUGAAAAUAUCUAUUAAAGCAUAUGUUAGGUUCUUUUGUGUGCCUGAAACGUUGGCACUCAAUAGCAGGGUGCUAAAUACAUUCUUUGGGAAAAAUGGAUUCCCAAAAAUCAGGAAUAUAUAAAUAGAUAUGUAAGGCGCAGGUUAAGUCGGGUAUUCUAAUAUGCUUGAGUUUGUUGAAAAAAAUAAGAUAUGAUAAUAUGCUGCAAGACCCUAGGUGAUAGGCCAGUCAACUGAAUCACGAGAGACCUCUGGAGCAAUAUGAGUGUGAGGUCAAAUUAGAUACCACCUGGCACAGACCAGGCUCUAAGGUGCAACACUGUAAACGCACAGGCCAACACUGGGACAGAGGCAUAUAAAACAAUACAGUGUCAGACAGAAGCUUCCCAAUUUACAGUACUUUAGAGAGGCCAGUUAGAGAGCGACACCUUGAGAUGAACAACCAGAGAAAAAUGUAACAGCCAUUGUUUGUUAUCUUCUACAUAUGCGAACUGAUAUUUGACAAGUUUUGGGUUUGUUUUUU